AUUUCUCAAUGAGUUUGGGAGGGGUAGAAUGCGUGUGUAUUUCUGAAUUCCGGAUUUAUGCUUUAAUUUAUUAUGUAUUGUCGUUAAAUAAUGUGUACGUUGUGAUAUUGCGAAAAUGUGUGUUGAAUGAACUUAUAAAUAUAGUGUAACAUACUUUGCUCAGUUUCUUUCUAUUCUAUGGGCGUUGAUAAUCAUGCAAAAUGGCCAACGAUUUGUGGUCAUGUACCUGUUGUACGGAGGCACUUACGUGUUGGUUGCGCCUAAAACUAUCGCCCGAGGAGAUAGAGCAGCGAUACAGGAGCAAGGAAAUAGAUAGAAUAUUAGAGAAGGAGAAGCAGACACUGCGACGACAAGUAAAAUUAUUGCUGCUCGGUGCGGGUGAAAGCGGAAAGUCAACAUUCCUGAAACAGAUGAGGAUAAUACACAAAGUGAAGUUUGAGCCGGAACUGGUGCGCGAGUACCAGCAUGUCAUAUACCAGAACAUUGUGAAGGGUAUACAGGUGCUGGUGGACGCGCGGGACAAGCUGGCGAUCCCAUGGGAGAAUCCGAGGAACCUGGACAUCGGGCAGCAAGCGCUGCACUUCAACAGCACCUCGUCGCUCGACAGCCGGCUGUUCGUGCACUACGCGCCACACAUACACAGCCUGUGGUUGGACAGGGCCAUAAAAAGGGCCUAUGACAGGCGGAGAGAAUUUCAAUUGAGCGAUUCGGUGAGCUACUUCUUCGAUGAGCUAGAACGCAUCGCGAGACCUGACUACGUGCCCUCCCACCAAGACAUCCUGCACUGCCGGAAAGCCACCAAAGGCAUCACGGAAUGCACUAUCAACAUCAAUAAUGUGCCAUUUGUAUUCGUCGACGUUGGGGGACAGAGGACCCAGAGACAGAAGUGGACGCAAUGCUUCGACUCCGUCACAUCUAUAUUGUUCCUCGUGUCUUCUUCUGAGUUCGACCAGGUCUUGUCAGAAGACAGGAAAACGAACCGCCUUGAAGAGGCGCUAAAUAUCUUCGACACGAUCGUGAACAACGUCAACUUCAAAGGUAUCUCGAUCAUCUUGUUCUUGAACAAAUCCGACUUGCUCGCGCGCAAGGUGGCGAGCAAGGAGACCGACAUACGCUGGUUCUACCCGCAGUUCGCGGGCGACCCGCACAACCUCCGGGACGUGCAGAUGUUCCUGCUCAACAUGUUCGCCAACGUCAGGAGAGAGCCCAAGACCACGCUGUACCACCACUUCACCACCGCUAUCGACACGCACAACAUCGAAGUCGUCUUUAACUCGGUCAAAGACACUAUACUCAAUCGCAACCUAGAAUCACUCAUGCUACAGUGACCGACCCGACAGCUAACCACGGAGUUGUUCAAUUGUGAUAUCUGCUGGCAAUAUUUCAUUUCGUGAUUUUUCCAUGAUAGUGUUCUUGUAAACUUGCUUUAUCAGCAUAAUAGUGUAAAGCACAUUCGAAAAGACAAACUUUGUGAUUUGUUGAUGGCCUAUCGGUCUAAGUGCGUUUUUGUAUAAAUGUAAUAUUAUGACGUGUAUUUAUUUACCAAAUGUAUGGGAUUUGGUAAAACUAUGUACCUUAGUGUAAACGUAUUGUAAUUAUAAAAUUUGUAUAUCAGUAUAUUUAUGACCAAAAAUGUAGAUUUUGCACGUGAUGGACAUUGUUAUGAUCAUUGAGAUGUUAUGACGCGACAGUGUGCGAGAGGGCACCAAACUGCGCGAUAUUGUAAACGUAGACUUAGAGGAGCGAACGGUAGCCAGGGGGUUACACUAAAGCAGUUUUUCUAAAUUAUUAUAGAUUGUUUAUAUAUUUAUUACACUUUUAAUUCGCUUGCGACGUUUUGGUUGUGUUAGGACUGACAAUCUUACCCAAUGAAAGAAAUCUACGAAAAUGCCAUGUAACCUUAUUUACUUUCGUAAGUAUAGUAUGUACGGUUUUCUCAAAAUUCACGUGAAGUGUAUCACAGCUUGUAGCCACGACAUGUAUCAUUAAAAUAUUUAAUAAAUUAGUUUAAUAUAUGAUUUGGUGCAGUUGUCAGUCUCUUGUCGCAAGUGUUUAUUUGUCAAUGUAGCAAUGAGCAGUGCCAAGUCGUAGCGAGUGGCGUAUCGCCGCUGUAUCGUUAGAUCUAGUUACAAUGAGAUUGCUCUUAUAGGGUGCCACGAAGCAAAGGCCCACCUUUGUGAUGGGAAGACUUUAUAUAAAUCCCUCCCGGGAGUAAAAAUGUAUAUAAAUAACCAUUGUUAGAGAAAUCGUUUAUAAUCUGUGAUUAAAAGUGUAAAAAGUAUUAGGCUGUAAACAGCAACGAAAUGUGUCUCUUGCAACAAACAUGCUUUUUGACGUUUGACACGGUUGACAUGACGCUCAAAUUUUUUCAUUCAAUUUUUUUAUAUGCUGAUGUUGGUACCUUUUUAGUCGGUCGUUCUAAUCUUACGAGUAUUCCGUCCCUUGGCACAAUUUAAUGCAAAGACGUGUAAUCUCACUAUUGCUUCUACCACGUAUUCUUAAUUAUAAAUAUUUUGUACAAUAUACAACAUAUAUAUACAAAAUAAGGCGGGCACAGAGGUGAACAACCUUUUUUGAUAAUUUUAAUGUGAACGUUAUCUGCACUUGCAUAUGUGCGUGAGAGGGAAUGAUCUGAUUUUAAUUAUAAUUUUAAGUACAACGCAUAAUUUUCGAUCAUAAUAAUUAUACUCAUUUAGUUUUAAGUGUCAUAAGCUUUAGCAUAUUUAUUUUGAGAUCAUCUACAACUAUUGUUUAUUUACGUGAGAGUUUUAGAUAGAAGUUAUCUAUUUAUUAUGUGUACAUUUUUAUGGAUGGUUUACUGAGGCUAAAUGUGUAAAUACCUCUUAAUUUUACUAUGUAUAUCGUUUCUUAGUAUUUUAGUUUUAAUGAUUUCGGUGAAUAUAAUGGUCUGAUCGGUUAGAAAUGAAUUGCGGAUUCUAUUUCCAAUAUCAGUGAUAAAUUUGCAUUUAGUAGUGCCAUUGUGUGGUGCAAACAGUGUUGCCACUGAAAAAAAAAACAUGCCUAGCAAUAUAAUGUCAACACUGCCGCGUGAAAUUGAUUCCAAAUUUUUGAACGCACCUAUAUGAAAUUUAUAUUGGGAAUAUUUAAUUGACAUAAAAUAUAUUCAUAUCCUGUUAACAGUGCUAUUUUAUUAGAAUCCAUAGAUUUAGCCGUUUGAAUUCUAGACUGGUUUAUUAUCAAUUAACUUUUUUAUUGAUGCCAAAGGUUGACUAACAUCUAGAUAUGAUGUGAAGGGAAAACGAUAAUCUCUGUAUACAAUUGUCAGGUGCUCAGAAUUGGUAAAAAAAAAUAAAAAAAUAAAGUUAUUUUUAAAGGCCUGACUUCUUAAGAAUUUAGUUUGCAUUGUUUCUUUACUGCCUAAAUUCAAUUUUCACCGUAAUAAUCAAAAGGAAAGUUUAAUUGUAAUUUGUUCAUUUAGUCAGAAUAAUUUGAACCUAUCUUAUACUGUUACUGUUACAGCCACUUUAUCGUUCCACUGCUGGGUACAGGCUAACAUGCCUCCUCUCACACGGAGAAGGAUCGAGCAUUAAUUACCACGCUCGCUCAAUGCGGGUUGGCGAUUCUUCUAUCUUAUACAGUUAUUUUUAAUUCGUGUAACAGCAAAAAGUGUACUUCUAUACAUUAUUAUCAAACCCUAUUUCAGACAGUAAAAUGUCGAUAAUAAUUUGACUGUGAAAAAUGCUUUGUGCAGCGUUUUGAGCCCAACCCGCAAAAGACUUACGCCUUACUUUCUACAUUCGAUGAUUAUCCUUAUUUAAAUAAGAAAACUUAUCGAUUGAUGGUUAUGACUGAUCAAGCCACGCUCAAGUAAGCAAAAGUAGUAUUUUCCAGUUAAAAAAUUUCGAUUGUUUCCUAUAAUCCUUUACUUGUCUAGUUUACGAAGUCAUGCCUUUAUGAUAAUCUUAACUGUUGCACUACAGAUUCUUACAUAAACUAGUACAUUUUACCCGACCGCGUACCUACUUGAUAAAUGAUAGUAAUGCUUUUAAGGUUGCAUGCAAAUUAAUGUAAGAAUCUGUAAUCAGUAGUGAAUGAAAUAAAUCACAAAGAUGAACCGUUUUUAACGAUGUCGGCAAAUGUAUUAGUACGGAUUUCAAUAACAUAUCUAUCUUUCGUUUUGGUCACCGACGUUACUCGUAUGGGGCUAAAGUCAGAAACCAAUGUCUAGUAAACAAAUAGACUCGUAGAUAAGUUAUUGAAAUUCACCAUAAGUGUUAAUGGGUCUCAAAUUAAUAACGAGGUGUGAUUUAUAAAUUAGUUUGUAGCUGUUGUGCGGGGCAUUGGUUCGAUGUCUUCAUUAAUUUAAACGAAACAAUUAAGAAAGUAUUCAAAUUUAAAAUUUUAAAUGGUUUAAAAGUACUAUGCCACUAAAUUGUCAGGUCCCAGCUGCCACUUUAACAUCUUUGGUAGUCUUUACGGGUAGUCCAAAGCCAGAAAGUCUGACAACUAAUUUUACCAAGGGGUACUCGGGUUGCUCAGGUAACUGGGUUUAGGAGGUAAGACAGGCAGUCGCUCUCAGACUCAGACUAAGACAUUCGUACUCAGCUGCAUCCCAUAGGAGUGGAAGCCGACCCCAACAUGAUGAUGAUGUACUUUUUUUGAUAACCAACGUGGACUUUCUCUUAUUAAAAACUAGCUCAAAAUGUGAAUGGUUUUGAAAAGAAAACAAAUCUUGCCUUCUUUAGCUUUUUAGAUCAAUUUUCAAAUAACUUACUUUUAUAUCAGUAUUCUAGCUUUUUACAAGUUUUAAUAGUGCAGCUGUUUUCUAAUGAUGUGAAUUAACUUUAAUAAAAUUGUAGUUGUGCAUAAUAAUGUCACAAUGAAUUUCAUCAACUUUUUUACUUCAGAAUGAAUUGUGAAUAAAUAAAAUUUCUAUAAAAAUGCAAUGAACCAUAUCGUUUGAAAGUUCCCUCGUACAUGUGUAAGAUCUACCGUAAAGAUCAAGAAAUAAUAUUUUAUACAAUUCCCAAAAAAAGAUAACGAAAGUCCCACACAACAGGGGUAGUUUAAUAUAGGGUGCCAAACGUAUCGCUCGAAAUAUCCGCGAACAUAUAUCGUUAGGCGUAUAGAAACAUGUAUAUUGGGAAAUGAUCGGUAAGAAGCCUAAUUUGGUCGAUGUAAGAUGUAUGUUAUGAAUUAUAAAAAUAUAUUAGGAAUCAAUUUACACUCAUGUUAAUGUAUGCUAGAGUGUUGACAAUAUCUUUUGGAAUUCCUCUAUAUUUUGUAUACAGCCCAAUAUUUAUUGUACAGUGUAAUAAAACACCAUGCAUGUAAUA